GCAGUCGACCGAGCCCUGAACGGUGGCAGAUCCCAUUUAAGAAUUAUAUGUUUUAGUGUUAGUGGAAAAUAAUUUGAACUGUUUCAGUGAAGUUUAUUACCAAAGAUUAUAUUACUGUGAUAAAAAUCUAAAAUGAUAAAUUGUGGUGACUGUUGUCUAUUUUCGUGUGGAGGAGCAACCGUUUACGAUAAAGGUUUUCCUAAAAGGCUAUUGGUGGCUGUGUCCGUAGUUUUAAUUAUCGCGAUGUUCGUGACACCGGUCGACGCCCGCUCGAUUGAGCACAAGAGACGGCACCAAAGAAGACCUGAGGGCUUGACGCAACUAACCAAAGAGGAAUCAGUCAAACGGACGAGAAAUCCCAACACUGAAAGCUACAAGAACGUUACAAGAAAAAUCAAACACAAGUUAAGAAACACAAAGAGAUUCUUCGAUCAAGGCAGGAAGGUUUUGAACGAGACGAGAGAGUACAGUGAUGGCAUGCCGACCUGGCUGCCAGCGGUCAGCUUUGUCGAUAUACACUUCCACGACUAUAGAACUUCGGCUAGAGGAAGAUCGAUGACAGAACGAAAGUUCACGUACUUGAUGCCGAAACUAUACAAGACUCUGAAGGAGUACGAGGUGAUAUUCAAGAUCCUGUUGAAUGUUCAACUAGAUUUCUACGACGAACCUUUCACAAACUACAUCAUAGUCCGGACUAGACUGCUCACGAACACAUUGAACAAGUUGGCCAGCACCAUCGCUGAAAUAGAAGAAAGUAUGAUGGAAGUCAGCAUGCCCGUACCACGCUUUGACGUGAACAGAAUGAAAUUGGACACUCUCGAUAGAAAAGUUGACGCAACGCAGUGCAUCAAGAACGACUACAUCGCGUUCAGAGGCUACGGAAACUUCUUGAACAACUGGUAUUCGGAGUUCAGAUGUCCGUUGAGCAAGAAAGGUGAUAGAAAAUGUGCCGUCUUCCACUCCAAAAUGAAACAGAAGCUGGAUAACAAACGUGGCAAAAACAAUCGGAGCAACGUCUCGAUGAUGAGGUGAAAGUGACUGCCGUAAAUUAUGUGAUUUAUAUAUUCGGUGCCCGUUUUUAGCUAGUACUUAUUUAUUGUUAGAAAUAAUUAAAACCGCUCUCUAAAUCUUGAGACGUUAAUUGCUUGACGAUACGUUUCGUUGAAUAAGAAAUGGGUAUACUCUCUGUGAUAUUAAGUAUUUUAGUUAGUUAAUAUUAAUUUAUUGAAUUUUAUUUCGUAAGUUCCUCUACACGUCUGUACGUACUUAAGUUGCGCUGUCUGCCUUUUAUUAUUUAUCCUCUUGAUAUUUAUUUUAACUGAUAUUUAUUCCUUUAGCUUCGUGAUGUAUUAUUAUUGAUAUUUUCUAUUACUUAAUCUCAGUAAGUAUUACUAGUGGGCCUUAGAGCCGUUCUAUAAUGAAAGACUUUUAGCUUAUUUAUAUAAGGUGCUUAUUUAAAUGUUGUACUAUGUACUAAAAUUGUGCCGUUAGUUUGUAAUAAACGAACUGAUACCAUGUAAAUGUCUACGACAUUUUGUAAAUAGCUUUACAGUAUUUUAUUUUUAUAAAAUUGUUACUACAUAUAAAUUAAAAUCAGACUUAAUAAUG